GGUUAUUUCUCAAUAAUUGUUUGCAUUACAAAAAGAAUACUAAAUAACCUUGCAAAUUCUUACCUGCAGAUUGAUAAAUUCGAAAUCUUUGAAAUUUAAGAAGAAGACCCACCCGGAACCCUAGCGAGAAACGGAGAGGAAGAGGAAGAAGAAAGGGUCACGUGGCUAUAUUUGAAGCUCUCUCUCUCAUUUUUUUUUUUGCCAUUUGCUUAUUUAUUUAUCUUAAACCCUUUUUUUUCCUCUUUGCCAUUUUCGCCCUCAUUCGAUGUCUCUCUGCCUGAUCUCUAGUCCGCGUCUUCUCUGCAUCGAUCCUCUUCGGAAACUUCCAUCGCAUUCCAAAAUCUCACCUCGUCGGAUCCAACGCGCGAUCGGAGCCACCGCGAUAGCUUCCAUGGCGACGGCGGAGACGACGACGGUGAUAGCCAUCUCCGACGGCGUUCCCAACCCUGCGAUAAAACUCUUGUUCGUCGAGAUGGGUGUGGGUUACGACCAACAUGGGCAAGAUGUUACGGCGGCGGCGAUGAGGGCUUGCAAGGAUGCUAUUUCUUCGAAUUCGAUUCCUGCAUUUAGGAGAGGUUCCAUUCCCGGCGUUUCAUUUGAACAGAUGAAGUUGCAAAUCAAGCUCGGAGUUCCUCGUCCUCUUCAGCAGCAGCUGGAUAUCGAAAAGGUCAAAUCGAUCUUCCCGUACGGGGAGAUUCUCAACGUUGAGGUGGUGGAUGGAGGACUAAUCUGCUCGAGCGGCGUACAAGUCGAAGAAAUGGGCGAUAAGAACGAAGACUGUUACAUAGUGAAUGCUGCUGUCUAUGUUGGUUACUAGCCUCUUCUUUCCCGAGGUAAAUUUUACGAUCUUUCGCCUGAUCGGGUGUAAGAUUUCAUGUGUUCAAGGACCCUGGAUCUGGAUUUGACCACAAGGCUCCUAACCAUUGCUUCUGGUUUGAUCCAAUCCAUGUCACACAAAUCUAAUGGCAAAACCAUGAACAUUUUUGUAAUAAACUCAGAAACAUGCCAUUGUUAUUGCGCAUCAUAUGACUCAAGAUCAAUCAUGUUAUUUGUUUC